UCACGGCACACGUCGCGCUGCAGUGGGCGGAGACGCGGCCCAGCGCUGCUGUAACACAACCGAGCCUUUGGAAUCCAGAAAACGGAUAGAAUCGAGAAGAAAACGGCGACAAAAAGAGCAAAAAACGAACAAGAGCUGGAGCAUUAGCUGACCUGCAGUCAUGGACCCGGCUUUACCUCCAGACCUGAACCCUGAGCCUGAACCGGCUCCAGACGUCACUUCACAAGCAGACGCCGUUCAAGAUUCUCCAGUCCAGCCCACCCUGGAUUCGAACCCGCAGCCAUACCUGGAACCGGUUUCAGAUCCGACCCAGGAACCCUCUGUAGAAUCGACCUUGAACCCAGAAAUAAAGCCAGAACCAUCAGCACCAGAACUCACACCAGAACUACCGAUCCCAGAACCGGCCCCGGCUCCAGCGCCUCCUCCAGCGGCUAACUCCUACAAGAUCAUGACCUUCAGACCCACCAUGGAGGAGUUCAAGGACUUUGGGAAGUACAUCGCUUACAUCGAGACCCAAGGAGCUCAUCGUGCCGGUCUGGUGAAGGUUAUUCCGCCGAAGGAGUGGAAGCCGCGGCGUUCCUACGAGACCAUUGAAGAGAUGGUCAUUCCCGCUCCCAUCAUGCAAGUGGUGACCGGCCAAUCAGGACUCUUCACGCAAUACAACAUCCAGAAGAAGUCCAUGACGGUCGGAGAAUAUCGCAAACUGGCCAAUAGUAAAAAGUACUGCACCCCUCAACACAAGGACUUCGACGACCUGGAAAGAAAGUACUGGAAAAACUUGACGUUUGUGUCGCCCAUUUACGGCGCCGACAUCAGCGGGUCCCUUUAUGACCCGGACAUCACGGAGUGGAACAUCGGCCAUCUGAACACUCUUCUGGACAUGGUGGAGCAGGAGUGUGGGAUCGUCAUCGAGGGCGUCAACACGCCCUACCUGUACUUCGGCAUGUGGAAAACCACUUUUGCCUGGCACACGGAGGACAUGGACCUCUACAGCAUCAACUACCUGCAUUUCGGUCAACCAAAGUCCUGGUAUGCCAUUCCUCCUGAGCACGGCAAGAGGUUGGAGCGGCUGGCACAAGGUUUUUUCCCAGGAAGUUCUCAGGGCUGCGACGCGUUUCUCCGUCACAAGAUGACCCUCCUUUCGCCAUCCAUCCUGAAGAAAUACAGCAUCCCCUUUGACAGAAUCACGCAGGAGGAGGGCGAGUUCAUGAUCACGUUCCCGUACGGAUAUCACGCCGGAUUCAACCACGGCUUCAACUGCGCCGAGUCCACGAACUUCGCAACCCUGCGCUGGAUCGACUACGGCAAGAUGGCCACGCAGUGCACGUGCCGUAAAGACAUGGUGAAGAUCUCCAUGGACGUCUUCGUUCGCUGUCUGCAGCCUGACCGCUACGAGCUGUGGAAACAGGGGAAAGACAACACGGUCCUGGACCACCUGAAACCCACGAGCCUCACCAGCUCCAAGCUGGAGCACUGGAGGAAAACCAGAGUCACGUACAGAGAGAAGCUCCUGCGCAGAGCUCAGGCGAGGAUGAAACAGUUCCGGCGUCUGAAGCUGGAGGAGGUGAAGGUCCUGGUGGAGGACGGAGUGGAGCUGGAUAUGAGUGAGUAUCUACGUAAGGUGGAGGAGCGCGAGCAGCAGCGACGGCAGCAAAGGGACGAGCGCAUGGCGCGGGAGGCGCUCCUCACGCUGGAGGCGCUGGAGAGGGAGGAGCAGGAGCAGGCGGAAGCGGAAGCGGCGCUUCGGGAGGAAGCCGGUGAAGACGGAAAAACAGAUUCCCAGGAUCCUCCGCCGGAAAACAGAGAGGAGGAGAAGAAGAAGAAGAAGAAAAAGAAGAAGCCAAAGCAUCCCGACGAGCUCUCCUUCCAGCAGGUGUUUGAGCAUUUCGCUUCCAGCGACAUUGAGAGUAAUGGAGCCACUCCCGGCCUGCAGCCAAGUCCCUUCACGAAGCUGAAGAAGAAAGUUGAGGUAAAGAAGAGUCGAAGACAUCCGUUCAGCAAGCCGCCCAUGCGCUCUCCUCACUCCAUAGUCAAACAGGAAGCCUCCAGCGACGAGGAGAUGUACUCUGGGCUGCCUGUAGGUGGCGGCGUUCAGCCGGAGGCCAAGAAGUCCGAGGAGAGCGCGCUGUGGCAAAACCGUUUGCCAAACUUCCUGGCCGAGAAACAGUUCAACGCUGCGAUGGCGACCAUCGAGCCGCACUGCGCCGUCUGCACGCUCUUCUGUCCGUACACACAGCCCGUUAAAGACCCCUUCCACCUCUCAGACACGUCCGGUCUGUUGUCGCGGGUCGGCUGUCGCACGCGUCCGCUGGUUCCAGAGAUGUGCUUCAGCGCGGGUGCCGAGAACACCGAACCGCUGCCGUCGAACUCCCACAUCGGUGACGACGGCACCAGCGUCCUGCUGUCCUGCGGGAGCUGCGGUCUACAGGUCCACGCCAGUUGUUACGGCGUUAAUCCCGACACGAAACAGGAGGGCUGGAUGUGUUCUCGGUGUACUGCGGCCGAAUGGACAGCCGCCUGCUGUUUGUGCAGUUUAAGAGGAGGAGCUUUGAAGAAAACCACAGAUGACAGGUGGGUUCACGUGAUCUGCGCCGUCGCUGUGGCCGAGGCUCGUUUCGUUAACGCUGUGGAGCGAGAGCCUGUGGACGUGACUGCCGUCCCCGACACCAGGAAGAGUCUGAAGUGCGUCUACUGCCACAAGACGACCAAGCAGAUCUUCGGCGCGUGUAUCCAGUGCUCGUUGGACAACUGCUCCACGUCCUUCCACGUCACCUGCGCCCUCCUCGCCGGAGUCGUCAUGAAGCCGGCCGAUUGGCCAUACGUGGUGUCCAUCACCUGCCACAAACACAAACAGACCACUCAGAAGGUUAAAAACAGCUCCCGCGAGCUGUCUUUAGGUCAGGAGGUCAUCGGCAGGAGCAGCAACGGUUGGUUCUAUCGCUGCACCAUCACCGGCAUCGGCACGCAGAACUACUACGAGGUCAACUUUGAUGACGGCUCCUAUUGUGAUAAUGUCUUCCCAGAGAACCUGCUGAGUCACGACUGUCUGAGGAACGGCCCUCCAGAACUGGGCGAAUUCGUGGUGGUCAAGACAAUCGAUGGACGGGUUCUCAAUGCGUCUUUCAUAAAGGAACACGUCCAACGAUACUACCAGGUGGAAUUUCAGGAUGAGACGCAGAUCUUACUGAAGCGCAGCGAGAUUCACUCUCUGAACCAAGAGCUGCCUAAGAGGGUCAUGUCUCGUCUGGCAACUGUGAACCAACAGCAACCUCAGGCGCAACCGUCAGACGAACCUCUGGCCGCGAAACGCCCACGUCUGCCGACACCGCCACCCACACUAGCCAUUGAGCCCUCGGCGCUACCUCCAGGAAUAGUCACCGCUUUCCUGCCCGCUACUAUUACUCCAAACACCAGCACUGCCCCCUGCCUGCCUCCCCCCACAUCACUUCCUGUUUCAGCACCCACACUUCCUGCCCCGGAACCCAGUGAGAUUUACACCCACAGCUCCAGCUACAUAGCCUACAUGGAGUCUCUCCUCAACUCGGACUUUCCUCCAGAAGAGGGUGAACAUGGCGUUGAGCCGAUGUAUUGAAGCGCUGUUAUGCGCUACCAGCUAUUUGUCAAUGCUUCAUACAGACUUUAAAUUCAUCCACUGCAUGUCUUUGUUUCAUUUAUUCGCUGUCGUGCUAAUCUGAGUUUCCCACCCAUGAAUGGUGCACGUGGGACGCAUGCGUGUCAUUAUAGACUGAAGCCGAAAUGGACCCAGUACAUAGCCUUGGGGGAUGCCGCACUCUUCCGACCCUUUCCACGAUCCCUCGCUCUGGUUCUUUCACUAAACGGAAAGAGCCGCCAUUUUUAGAUGGGAUAAUCAUUCACUGUAUGUGCUGUUAAAUUUAUACCUGAUUUUUUUCUCUAAUGAGUGCUAAAUAUUUUUCUAACUCAAGCCAAAACAUCAUGCUACCCGGUCACAGUUCAAAUAGACAGUCUAUAUCUGUACAGUUUCAGGUAUUUUUCUCUGUACUCAAGUGUUCGGGAGGGGGGUGUUGGGGGGGAAGAGUUUUAGCUGGGCUCAUGGGAUUUAACAAGUAUUUAAAUGUCUUUUGUCACAUAUAGGUUUAAUAUUUGUAUAAAGAAAAUCAAUUAUGGCAGCAUCAGAAGCUACAGUUUUCAGUUAGUGUACACAUUUGUGUUACGAUAGAUUUGCGCGUCUUCAUGUAUUCUUCUAUAAUCAACGAUAAAAAAUGUUUUCAGACAGAUUAUUUGUUUUUGUAGCAUACUUGGUAAACGUUGAUAUUGAAUACUAUUCACCUUGUCUGUUUUUUAUUAUGAUUACCGUUGUUGUUAUGAUUGUUAUUUUUAGUGAUUUUUUUUUGGGUGAAUCUUUGCAACACAAUGUCGAAAGAUGAAAAAAAAGCUGAAUUUAUCAUUUUUAUUCAAGAGGUUGAAGUGGCGUACAUUUAAGCGUAUAGUCAUAGGUGAUAUUAAACAGAUACGCAAUCCGCCUUCUCAAGGUGCUAUAGAGGUCUUGGACUACUGAGGGGCGAUCCGGGUCAAGUGACCCACAAUGAGGUGUACAUACUAGAUGUCCUGCUCAUGAAUUGGAAAAAUGUUCUUCAGUGUAACUUCUAGUCUUAUCAAAUGCCAUGUCACAUUCAAAUAAAGGGUCUGGUUGUCGCUUUGGAUUUCUUUUCUCCUUUUUGUUGUUUGCCCAUCCUUGUUUCGUUUUCUGAUGUGAGCGAUUAUCGAUCGGCACACCUCCUCCGCCGAUAUUUGCGGGUUCAUCAUCCAUAUAGCAUUGAGAAUUUGCUUCAGCGCCCCUCUAUUGAUUCGGAAACAAACACUCUGAUAAGACCUUUGCAGACAGGAUCGUAGUUUAGACUGAAUCCAAAACGAACCCAGUACAUAGCUUUGGGGGACCCUUCCCACAAUCCCUUGCUCCCAAUUCUUCGCUAAACUGAAAGAAUGGCCACAUAUGUUCAGAUGGAAUAAUCAUUCAUUUGAGCAUGCCAAAGAUUUUGGAGAAUUGUUCAAAAUGCAAGAUAAA